AUGGAGGCUGCCCUCCCGUCAAUCGUCAUCCCUAUUCACCCUCCGGAUAUUCUUGGAGGUUUCACGAUCUUAGGCCUGUCUGGGAGGGUCGCUUCUCUCUUGUGCCACAUCUUGGAAGGCCUUCCUCGAUUUAGACGUCCUCUAGGCCUGUUCGUGUUCGGGUGCAGUAAUUCCUGGCGUGAGUCUGUUGCUGAUGUCGGCAGUCCCCAAGGACACCUACUGAUAGCCCUGUUACUCCACCUUAUCUGA